UGGGGUGGGGGGGACACGAGCUGCUGAUCCAGAAAUGCUGGUGGCAACCUGCUGGCUGCUCCUGGACCAGGAGCAGAUCCUGGAGGAUCAAAGAGCCCUGUGCUUCCUGGUGCUCUGGGGGUGUUGGAUGUGGCCACAGCUUCCUGCUGCUGCCUUUGCAUCCAUGGAAACGGGGCUGGGCUCAGCAGGGAGGGUUUGGGCUGCCCAGGAGGGUUUGGGGUGCCCAGGAGGGUUUGGGGUGCUCAGGAGGGUUUGGGGUGCUCAGGAGAGUUUGGGGUGCUCAGGAGGGUGCACAGGAGGGUUUGGGGUGCCCAGGAGGGUUUGGGGUGCUCAGGAAGAUGCACAGGAGGGUUUGGGGUGCCCAGGAGGGUUUGGGGUGCUCAGGAAGAUGCACAGGAGGGUUUGGGGUGCUCAGGAGGGUUUGGGAUGCCCAGGAGGGUGCUCAGGAGGGUUUGGGGUGCCCAGGACGGUUUGGGGUGCCCAGGAGGGUUUGGGGUUGUCAGAAGGGUUUGGGGUGGCUGGAAGUUUGGGCUCAGUGAGGGGCUGGUUGAAGGCUUUUGGGGUGCCCAGGAGGGUUUGGGGUGCCCAGGAGGGUGCUCAGGAGGGUUUGGGGUUGUCAGAAGGGUUUGGGGUGCCCAGAAGGGUUUGGGGUGGCUGGAAGGGUUUGGGCUCAGUGAAGGGCUGGUUGAAGGCUUUUGGGGUGCUCAGGAGGGUUUGGGGUGCCCAGGAGGGUUUGGGGUGCUCAGGAGGGUUUGGGGUGCCCAGGAGGGUUUGGGGUGCUCAGGAGGGUUUGGGGUGCCCAGGAGGAUGCACAGGAGGGUUUGGGGUUGUCAGACGGGUUUGGGAUGGCUGGAAGGGUUUGGGCUCAGUGAGGGGCUGGAUGAAGGCUUUUGGGGUGGUCAGGAGGGUUUGGGGUGCCCAGGAGGAUGCACAGGAGGGUUUGGGGUUGUCAGGAGUGUUUGGGGUGCCCAGAAGGGUUUGGGGUGCUCAGGAGGGUUUGGGGUGCUCAGGAGGGUUUGGGGUGGCCAGAAGGGUUUGCUUUGGGCUUGGCAGAAGGGUGUGAGCUCAGUGAGGGCUUGCUUGGAAGGGUUUAGGGUGGCUGGAAGGGUUUGGG